AUGCUCGCCCACUCCCUCAGGUCCUCCGCCACCACCGCCAUCAGGGCCAGCGCUGCCCGCGUCCCUGCCGUCCGAUCCAUGGCCACUCUUGUCGACGAGAAGAGGCUCCCUUCCAAGUUUGGCGGCAAGUACACCGUCACCCUUGUCCCUGGUGACGGUAUUGGCCGGGAAGUCGCCGACUCUGUCAAGGAGAUCUUUGAGGCCAUCAAGGCUCCUGUCCAGUGGGAGCAGUACGAUGUGUCUGGUGAGACCACCGGCGGUGAGGCUCUCUUCCAGGAGGCCAUGGACAGCUUGAAGAGGAACAAGGUUGGACUGAAGGGUAUCCUCUAUACCCCCAUUGACCAGACCGGCCACAACUCUUGGAACGUCGCGAUGCGUCAACAACUCGACAUCUACGCUUCCGUUGUUGUUUGCAAGUCUCUCCCUGGAUUCCCCACCCGACACGCCGAUGUGGACCUUGCCCUUAUCCGAGAAAACACUGAGGGCGAGUACUCUGGUCUUGAGCACCAGUCUUUCCCCGGUGUCGUAGAGUCUUUGAAGGUGUCCACUAGGGCCAAGGCCGAGCGAAUCGCCCGAUUCGCUUUCGACUUUGCCAUCAAGAACAACAGGAAGAAGGUCACCUGUGUCCACAAGGCCAACAUUAUGAAGCUUGGUGACGGUCUUUUCCUCAACACCUGCAAGAGGAUUGCCGAGCAAGAGUACGGACACACUGGCAUCAAGUUUGAGUCUAUGAUUGUCGACAACACUGCCAUGCAGCUUGUCUCUAGACCCCAGCAGUUUGACGUCAUGGUUAUGGUGAGUUUGUCGAAACUUUACGGUGCCAUCUGUUCCAACAUUGCCUCUGCCCUUGUCGGCGGCCCCGGUAUCACCCCCGGUUGUAACUUUGGCCGAGAGUACGCUCUUUUCGAGCCUGGAUGCCGACACGUCGGUAAAGACAUUAUGGGCGCCAACAAGGCCAACCCCGUCGCCCUCAUCCUCUCCGCCACAAUGAUGCUCCGUCACCUCGGUCUCGAAACCCAGGCCAACUUGAUUGCCGGUGCCACCUACGACCUCGUCCGAGAGGGCAAGGUCAGGACUGCCGACCUCGGCGGUAACGCCUCUACCACUGAUGUCACCAAGGACAUUAUCAACAGGAUCUUGUAA